UAUUGUUUAAUUCGUUUUUUUCUUUUCUAAAUCAUGUCUAACAAAUGUUACCCGUAUAUGAAUUGUGUAUUCUCGAAUCAUAUUUAUUAUUCGAUGUUCGAAUCUUUAUAAAAUUGUAUAUUUUGUAUAAAGAGAGAGAAAUUUCAAAAGAGGGAAAAUUUUUGUCGAAUAUCCUCUAUUAAGAUCUUUGAAUAGAUAAAUAUAAAUAUGAAGAUGAAUUUGAAUACAAAUAACAUCUGUGUCAUACGUUGAAUCGUGUUUUAAAGAAUAGAAAAAUAAAAAAAUUAAUAUUAUCGUGAUCGUUGUAUCUCUGAUUGUCUUGAAAACUCUAUUAUGUACACACGAAUAGCGAAUGGUGGCACUUCGCAUUUCUUCAGCUCCGGAAACAGGGCACGCAAUUAUGGUUAUUGUUGUAUGUACAUUGCUAUUCACAGCGAUCGAGGUUGAACGAUUAAAUAACAUUCAUGCUAAUCUGAAAAGCAUAUUAACAAUCCUAGAGAUGGAACAAAAUCAAGACUGUAGAGCUUUAAAUAAAAAUGUUCAUGUGAGUAUUAUUGCAAAUAUAAUAAAUAAUAUUUAUAUAUUCAAUCGUAUUCGUUUACGGCUUACAUCAUAAAUUUCUUAUCACUGUAUUAGUCACUAGAUGAAAUCAAUUAUGAUCGUCUUCUACACGAAGGUAUGACGUAUUUGGGUAUGGCAUUUAAUGCGUACAACUGGAUUAUGUCAAAUAACACAAAAAAUAUAAUUCUUCACAAGACUGUGAAUCUUUUACAGCUGGUACAAUAUCGACAUAAAAAAAUGCUACGCGUAUCUAACAAUCUUCUUCAACGAAGAGUUGUGAAUGGUAUACGAGAAGAUAUGAUUAUUUCUCUUGAUAACGUGAUUCGAGAAAACGAGGUGCUUAGAAUCGGAAUUGGAGAUGUAGAUGAAUAUGAUAUUGACAAUUUCGAACUAAUUGCGUUUUACAAUUGGCAAAGCAAGUUACGCAUACGCAAAAUUUUGAUGAAUAACAUUAACACGCUAAUGAGCAAGAUUUAUUGCGCAUUCAUCAAAAGGUAUUCGAGUCUGUAUUUCGUAUUAACAAAUUAUUGUAAGAAAGCGACGUCAUUUUUGCGUAACAAUAGAAAACUUUUGAAAUCAAGCAAAAUUCAUCGAAAAGAAGAACAGAAUUCCUGCUGCAAAUAUCAUUUUUUAAAGCAAUUAAUUUCUUAUUGUAAUAUUGCCGCAGAAUUUUUUGAAAAGGGAUUAAUAAAGUUAGCUGAUUAAUGCGUUUUUAUUUAUAUCACUUAGUUUUGAUAAAGUGACGACUUUUUGUUUAUAUCCCUUUUGUUGAGCUGUUUUGUUAAAACUCAUUCUCAUUGGCUUCAAAAGAAAAAUGUAUUUUUUCGUAUGUA